AUGGCAGUCGGAGUAUUAAACGAGUUCGGGCCUGUCAGUGUCACAUACAUAUCGAUAAACUUCGUCGAUGUCUGGGUGGCAAUUCCGCCGCAUCAAGUUGGACUUGUGCCAUUCGACUCGGACGGCGGAAAGGUCUACAGAGGAACGCAGGCACCUCUAUCGAAUGCGGGAAAGGAUGCAGCAUACAAUGCUACAUCAGUGAUAUUGGAUUCAAUAGCUAUCUCCGUUCUUCCUCGUCAUUUCGAGUCUCUCCAUUUCGACAACACAUUCUUGAUGAAACGAAUCCAACCGAAUCACUUCACCGAACACGAGAAUGUGCUGAGAUGCUGGGCAUGGCCUCCAGCUUUCAGUUACCUUGGUAUGCAUGAUCCUGGCGAAUCGGGAUGGAUUUUCGACGAUUUCAGGAAAUGGUCGUCUGCUUGGAUGUAA